AUUUACGACGACAACAUCGAUCAGCUAUAUUUGUGUUUUGUUUUGGUCAGUUCGGUAAAAUUAGUGACCAUAUGAAUUCUAUCGAAAUCAAUUUUUGAUUCUUUUUUGACCACACGUGUCAACACGUGCAACGUAUGUGAUUUUCGUCAAUUUAAAAAAGCAUCAUCAUCAAGACAUUUGAUUGAUUAGCACAGUUUUUAAAUUUUAAAAAUCGACGUACAUCAUUUUGUAUCAUAUUCGUCGAAACAUUUCUAUUUGGGUAUUUUUUCCAAUAGGCUUUUUCAUUUUCCCCAUAUACGUCAGCUACAAAACAACAACAACAUUAUAAUCAUAUCAUCGUAUUCACACCAUUCCAACAUAUAACGCUAUCAACAUCGUCAAAAUAAAUAUUUCACCAAAAAAACUACAAUAAAAUUAAAUAACGACAAAUAAUAGAUAUAUCGACAAGAGGACAAACACAAAUAGAAAAUGAUAAAAAAUCCUUUCACCAAUCAUUCAUAUGUAUCGGAUGAAGCGGAUGUUGUCGCUAUCAAUGAUAAUCGACAUGCGUCUCUCAAUCGUUUCCGUCGUUUAACGUCAGUAAACGAGACUGACGAAAAAGUUAAACGUGAUCCGGCGUUAGCUUUGGCCAAAUUGGUUGAAAAAACAGAAAAGAAUGGAGUCUAUGUCAAUAAAGGUUUGAUCAUGGAAGAUGAACGUUCAACACAAUCCACACCAGGAGCUAUUACACCAACAAGUAUUCGUCCACCAAAAAUUGCUGUCGAUGUUCGUGAUGUUACAUUUGCCUAUGGUUUUGGACAAAAAUCAUUACUAACCUUGAAGAAAAUCAAUGUUUCAGUGCCACAAGGCAAAAUUUAUGCUCUUCUUGGAUCCAGUGGUUGUGGCAAAACAACCUUAUUAAGAUGUGUACUUGGUCGGUUACAACCACAAUCCGGUGUAAUUCGGGUAUUCGGCCAGGAACCUGGAUCGGAAUACAGUCCAGUACCCGGUCCUGGUGUUGGUUAUAUGCCACAAGAAUUGGCAUUAUUUCCUGAUUUCACCAUCAAAGAAACUUUAAGAUAUUUCGGGCAAUUAUAUCGAAUGUCACCAAAAGAAAUCAAAGCAAGAACCAAAUUUCUCAUAACACUUCUUCAUUUACCGGAAAAAAAUCGUCUAGUUUCACAACUUUCAGGUGGUCAACAACGGCGUGUAUCGUUGGCAUCGGCAUUAGUACAUCGUCCACCAUUGUUGAUUUUGGAUGAACCAACCGUAGGUGUUGAUCCAGUUCUACGUAAAGCUAUUUGGGAACAUUUAGAUGCAUUAUGUCGGGAAGAUGGCUUGACAGUUAUCAUUACCACUCAUUAUAUUGAAGAAGCCAGAACAGCCGAAACUGUUGGUCUAAUGCGUUUCGGACGUUUAUUGGUACAAUCAAAUCCAGAAGAAUUACUAGUUAGACAUGGUUUGCCUACAUUGGAAGCUGUAUUCUUGAAACUUUGUCAAUUAGAUUCAGCACAAAUCCCCGAAAGUGUUAAAACUGAUGCGGCCAACAAUACUAUUGUCGCUUAUAGUGGCGGUAGUGAUGCGAUUGAAACGAAAAAAGUGGAUGAUAAUCUUCCCAUGGUCACUGUUAAUUAUGAAAAAAGUGAUAUCGAAAGAAGUCCAAACAACAACAACAACAGUGAUGAUAAUAAUAAUAUUGCCAAUAAUAACAAUGCUAUCAGUCUUGCGCCAAAUACUGCUGGUAAUCUUUUGAUUCCAAUGUCAACAUCGUUCAAAGAUGUAUCGGCACGAGCAACGCCAUCUACACAAAGUCCACGAAUGUCAUUUUCGGAACGAGGAUCGACCGGUGAUUUUGCCCAAUUACAGUUACAAAAUCAAAUCAGUGUCGAAGGCGAACGACGGCGAAUGUUCGAUUUGAACCGUGUUAUGGCAUUAUUCAUCAAGAAUUCUAUUCGUCUGAAGCGAAAUGUUCCCAUUCUGUUGUUUUAUUUCUUUUUACCUUCCAUUCAAAUUGCCUUGUUUUGCAUAUGUAUUGGACAAGACCCGAAAAAUAUUCCGGUUGCUGUUUAUAAUGCUGAAGAUCCACCUGGUCUAAGUGCCGAAUAUCUUUCGUUUGUUAAUCCGGAAAUUGUUGUACAAGUACCUUAUCCAUCAUUGGAAGAAGCGCGACAAGCGGUUGUGGAUGGUAAAGCAUGGGCUGCAUUGCAUUUUUCACAUAAUUAUUCGGCAUCCUUAAAUCAAAGAAGAAUAAUGGCUGGAAAAGCGGAUAACGACACAAUCGAAUCAUCCAACAUAAAACUUUACCUGGAUAUGUCCAAUCAGGUUAUUGGAUUUGUUUUGUUGCGUACAUUUUUCCUGGCGUUUCAAUCAUUUGCACAAGAUUAUCUAUCGAUUCUCGGUUAUAAUCCAGCUACAGUAACAUUACCGAUAACAAUUGAAAAAGUCAUCUAUGGUACUGUCAAUCCAUCGAUGACUGAAUUUAUGGCACCCGGUGUUAUCAUACUGAUUGCAUAUUAUGCGACAACUGCAUUGACUGCAUUGUCGCUAGUAUUGGAACGUAAAGACGGUCUAUUGGAACGAUCAUUAGUAGCCGGUGUGAAUUCCUUCGAAUUUCUCAUAUCACAUAUUAUGACACAAACUAUUGUCCUUUCUAUACAAGAAGUAUUCAUGUUGGCAACAACAUUCUAUAUAUUUAAAGUGCCAUCAAGAGGUCCAAUGAUUUGGGUUUUUUCAUUAACAUUUUUCCAAGGUUUGUUUGCCAUCAAUUGCUUAUCAAUUUCUAAUUUGAUCAUUCCGUUAGGUGUGGCUGGCGUCAUGUUUGGAUUGUUCAUAUCAUCACUUUGUGCUGAUGAGGUAUCAGCUGCCAUGUUAGGUAUGGGAUCAUUUUUCCCGACCAUUAUGUUGGGCGGUAUUUUCUGGCCCAUUCAAUCCAUGCCUGAUUGGAUGGCAUCGCUGGCCGCCUUUUUGCCGCAAACAUUACCCGUUGAAUCGAUGCGUUUUAUACUGUCGCGUGGUUGGGGUGUAGAAUAUUUCGAAGUAACAUUGGGUUUUAUUGCCACAUGGGGAUGGAUUUUGGUAUAUUUGGUUGCCGCUGCAUUUAUAUUCAAAAAAUACACUUAGUCAUCAUAGUCAAUCAGUGAUUGCCUUCUCCUCAUCAAUCAAUCAACAACAAACCAAAUCAUACGCAUUCCUCAUCAUAUUCUCUUUUUGUGCAGGGUUUUUUUCCCAAACAAAUUUAGUUUUUUUGGUUCUAUGUAUUUUUUCUUUGGCUAAACUUUUUGCUUAGAAAUAGAAUUUCAAAAUCAAUCAUCACAAACAAAAUCCGAAUCGAUUGAAU